AUGUUAUUUUCAUAUGUAAUCUUAUGUGAUUUUUUUCCAUUAUAUGAAUUUGAAUCUGAUGGAUGUCUUCCAAAUACAGAAAAAAAUAGUCAUAGUAAAAGAUUAUUAAAUAAUAUUAACAAGGACUCAAUGUCAAAUUUAACUAUUAAUGAAGAUAUUUCUUCAAAAUUUGGUCUUCAACAACAUAAUCGACCAACUAUAAGUGAAAUAAUACUUACAAUAUGGAUUUAUACUUUAUUAUGUGAAGGAAUUCGUCAAUUACUAUCAAUGGAAGUUCCAUCAAUGUAUAGAAAAUUAGGAGCAUAUUUUACUAUAUUUUGGAAUAAAUUAGAUGUUUUAGCUAUAUUUCUAUUUUUUAUUGCUUUUAUUCUCCGAUUUUUACCAAUGAGUCAAUGUUUUUGUGCAGCACGAAUUAUUUUAGCUCUUGAUUUAUCAAUUUGGUAUAUAAGAGGACUUGAAAUAUUUUCAGCUGUAAAAAGACUUGGACCAAAACUUGUUAUGAUUGGUGAAAUGGCUCAAGAUCUUAAAUUUUUCAUGUUAAUGCUUACCGUAUUUUUAUUAGCAUUUGGUGUACCUACUUAUAGUUUAAUAUUUGGUGUUCAAAAAUUCUCUUGGCAUAUUCCACGUGUUAUAUUAAAUGUAGCUUAUUGGCAAGUAUUUGGUGAACUCGAAGUACUUGAUGAUAUUGAAAAAAAUUAUGAAAUAAGUGGUUAUGUUGUAUUUAUACUAUUAAUUGCAUAUAUGACGGUUGCAAGUGUUCUUUUAAUAAAUCUUCUUAUAGCAAUGUUCAGUCAUACACUUGAUCGUUUACAUGCAGAUACAGAUUGUAUAUGGAAAUUUCAACGUUAUUCAUUAGUAUGCCAUCAUUUAACACGACCAUCACUUCCACCACCAUUAAUUAUAUUUUCACAUAUUUAUCGUCUAAUGAUAUAUGUUUUUUCACGUAUUUUUAAGAGAAAAUGGUUUUAUACGAAAAAUAUUGAACGCAAAAAUCGAGAAAAAUUUAAAAUAAUUAUUAAUGAAAUGUUAACGAAGAAAAUUGAAGCAAUUGAAGAUGCAUUAGGAAAUGAAGUUUAUUUAUUUUCAUUAAAAAUUGAUCGAAAACAAAUUGAUUAUCAAAAUGAUUUUAAUGAAGAACGAGUAUAUUCAUCACAAGAAAUUAUUUUAAAUAAAGUAAAAACACUUGAAAGACAAAUUCAAGUAAUACAACAUCGACAAGAUGAUAUGUUUCAAUAUUUGCAAUGUUUAAUGAAUGGAAUGAAAAAAAUCGGUGGUGAUGAUAUUGAAAUUCCUAAACAAUGUUCCAUUGAUUGUUUACUUUGA